AUGCCCAUGUCAGGGCGCGAGGCCAGACGGGUAGCAGCAGCAGCAGCAGCAGCAGCAACAACAGCAGUGGCGAUAAUGAUUAUUCAGGGGGAAGCAGACGAUCAAUACCAACGUCUUCGAAGAGCGAUAUCCUUUGUUGUCUUUGUCGCAGUCAGAGUCACGGGAUCUGGUCGGCCUGGAAAGCCCUGGCGGCGGUCCAUACCCUCGAUUUCCACAACCCUUCCCCUUGAGUCCGUGGAAAAUAUGAACGUUCUGCAACCAGCACACCCGUCGUACUUCAACGCUCAUCAAAACCUUGCUUCACCACACACUCCCAGUCCCAGAAUGAGCCAACGAAAACGAAAAGCGGAGGACGAUGGCCACAACGAUGAUAGUAUGUCCAUUUCGCCGCAGGCCUCCCCCGCAUUUGCCUCUCGACCUCUUGCACGGAAAAAGGUCAGAACCACCGAAGUUACCGGCCGUCCUCUCGCUCUCCCUCGUCUCCUCGAAACCUUAGAUGCGGAUUCCCUACGAAGAGUGCUGCAGACCAUAUGCGAAAGACAUCCCCAGAUCGGAUCAGAGGUGGCUACAUCGGCUCCCAGGCCCUCGGUGCCUGCAGCGGUCGAGGUUCUGUCACAAUAUCAAGACAAGCUACGAGAGGCAUUCCCUCUAGGAGGUAGCGCUGGAUCGGACUACGCCUACAAUAGAGUCAGGCAGCAGCUGAACAAUCUGAUCGAUGCUUUGACUGACUUCACACCUCAUUACCUUCCACCCAACGAGCCCCAGCCUACCGUCUCCCUCACUUACCUGGACCACGCAACGAGAGUCAUCCAUGAACUACCUGAUUGGGACAGCCAAUCUUACAGAUACCACAAGGACAACUCUUACGAUGAGAUCUCGAGGGCUUGGGCGCUGGUGGUCAGUGAGGCAUCGAAACGGGGAGGGGGAUUUCAGCUCCAUUCUGGCGGAUGGGAGCAACGGCUGUCGAAGCACAACGAGCAGAGCGGAGGUCGAAUGCAAGUUGCGAUCAAUGCUCUCGAUUCGAAUCUUGGGUGGAUGGGGGGAAUGGGAGGAGGAAUGGGCUCGGGAGAUCCAGGCUCGAUCCGCAACCAACUAUUUAACGGGACCUACGGAGCUGGCAGUGGUAAAUUGGGAUUUGGGACCGCUACACGGGUAUCACACGGAUGUCCAAGAAUAUCCGAGAAAUUAAACAUGCAAAAUGUUGGUGAUGAUCUGCAGCUUUUGGUUUCUUGGGUAUGUAGCUCACGUGACUUUGACUUGAGUCCCUGUGACUUUCGUGUUGGGAUGAAGUUCAUCGACCCCGAAUUACGCGUAAAGCUUGCCACCCGCACGCGCCAGCCUGCAUCAUCAACCACAAUCAGUGCGAGACUGGAUUCACUUCCUCUUGCUAGCCUACCAUCUCCACAAUGCCUGCCCAGGCCCGGCGACCAACACACCAGCACCGGGGGCAAAGCAAUAGCCAAUCCCUUCGACCCAGUAGUCCCCCAGAUCUCAAGCUACACUGCCCAAGAAAUCGCAACGUUGCAAUCCCGACUGGAGAAGCAGCUGGGUCCGGAGUAUAUAUCCAACCGGUCCGGCCCCAACAACCAGAAGGUCCACUACCUCGCGGCGGAGAAAUGCAUCCAGCUGGCGAACGAAGUCUUCGGGUUCAAUGGCUGGUCGAGCCAGAUCAUGGACAUCCAAGUGGACUUCGUAGACGAGAACCCUACAACUUUGAAAGUCAGCUUGGGGUUAUCGGUUGUGGUGCGCGUUACGCUGAAGGAUGGGACGUACCAUGAGGAUAUCGGCUAUGGACACAUGGAGCACGCUAAGGGCAAGGCGGCGGCAUUCGAGAAGGCCAAGAAGGAGGGGACGACGGAUGGAUUGAAGAGGGCGCUGAAGAACUUUGGGAACGUGCUGGGGAAUUGCCUUUAUGAUAAGGACUAUUUGAAGAAUGUUACGAAGAUAAAGGUUGGGGCUACGAAAUUCGACCCGGAUAAGCUGCACCGGCAUUCUACGUUCUCUUCGGUGAAGAGAGAGCCGGAGAUAAAGCAGAUGGAGGAAAAGCCUCAAACUAUGGAUGCUGGCGUCUCCAAGUGCACAGCUGGGAGGGAAGGUAAAAACAGCGCCGCCGACAGUUCAGUAUCUGAGGACACUAUGGAGGACGAAUUCGGAGAUUUUGACGAGGCAGACUUCGGCGUUGCGGAUCCGGAUUCUCAUCCUGACGAAGUGACCUUACCAGAACCACCUCCGGCAGCUUCACAUCGUUCAAACGAUGUUCGCAACAGUAAUGGGCCCCCAAAUGCAGCCAACGCACCCCAGAAUCGUCCGCAACCCCCCGUCAACAAGCCACAGCCUAGAGCACCUUCUGUACGGCCAGCAAGCGCAGCACCGCCCACAAACAACAACAUGCCUCCGCAACCUCAGACGCCGAACAGCGGGUUUUCCAGGUCCAAUAGUGGAGCCCAAAACAUGCGCCCGCCUCCUGAUGCCAACGCCCAGUCACGACCGAUGCAACCACCUCAGCCAAAUCCUAUAGUAGGCAGAGUCCUCAACCAACCCAGCCGUAAUGGAGCAAUCUCAACACCUGUCUCCCCAGCUCGUCUUAACAAACCUUCUUCAAAUGAUGACACAAACUCAUUACCACCCCAAGGCCAAGGCUUUUUUUCCGCCAGAGCAGCAACUAUGCUUCCAGAAGGAGCCCAAGCGGACGCAGUGGCAGCGGCACCCAUCCCAGCGCACCUACCCGUCUUCAAUCCUCACGCGGAAUCUCCCUCCAUCAGAAAAACCCCCGGCGUGGACCACAAGUCCUCCAAACCCCUUACUCGUGAUCUUAAGCACGUACCGAGUUCCAGCCAGGCCGUAGCAGCUACGAUUACCAGGCCGAACAUCACGAAUCCGCAAAUGGACAAUGCGAGGAGGAUUGGGGCGCCAGCGAGCCCAAGUCCGAGGGUGUUUGGAGCGGGCGCUUACAAGCCUCCGACGAAGAGGCCGGUAGAUUCUAGGGCGCCGUUACAUGAAUUGACUUCGAACGGGGCGGUUGGCGGGGAUGCUGGGGGUGAUGUGAAGAGGCAGAGGAUGAACAGUUGA